AUGGCCAACGUCAAACCCAGGGUAGUCUUCCUCAACAGCCCCAAAUGCACUCCGGCCUCGUACCUCGAGCAGUUCAGCAAUGAGUUUGCCUUCUCCGUGCUGCCCGCCGCCAACCGCGCAGAGACCAAGGCCCUCCUCCCCAAGGACAUCGCAGAGAAUGGCCCUAUCUACGCCUUCAUCAUUGGCAUGGGAACAACUCCAUACGAGCCAUACGAUGAAGAUCUGCUUUCAUCGCUAACUCCCCACUGCCGGAUCAUCGUCUCCGCCAGCGCCGGGUACAACGAGUUUGAUGUCGAGUGGAUGGCAAGCCAGGGCAUCUGGUUCUGUAAUACCGUCGACGCGGUCGCAGAGGCCACGGCUGACAUGGCCAUGUUCCUCACUCUCGCUGUUCUUCGGAAUACGAGCGUUGCAGAGAAGAGGGUCCGCGAGGGACGGUGGCGGAGUCCGGAGUUGGUCCCUGCUAGGGAUCCCAGUGGGCUGACUCUGGGGAUCAUCGGGCUGGGUGCUAUUGGGAAGUAUCUCGCCCGGAAAGCGCAGGCUUUCAAUCUCAACAUCACAUACCACAACCGGCGCCAAUUGUCCGCCCAAGUCGAGAAAGAAUAUAACCUCACCUACGCACCAACUCUUACUGAUCUCUUGUCGGUGUCGGACAUUGUCUCUGUAAACUGUCCCCUUAACGCUAAAACAACCAACUUAAUUGGCGCUGCAGAGUUUUCCGCCAUGAAGGACGGCGCCUUCUUCAUCAACACUGCCCGGGGUGCUAUCGUGAAUGAGGAGGCCCUCAUUGAGGCGUUGAAGUCCGGAAAGGUCGCGAGAGCAGGACUCGAUGCUUUCCCCGAUGAGCCCAAUGUGCACCCCUUUUUGAGGGAGAGUGAGAAGGUCGUUUUGCAGCCGCAUCUGGGCGGUUCAACCGAUGUGGCAUUUCAGAAAGCCGAGAGAGAGUGCUUUGAGAAUAUCCGGGCAUUUUUCAAGGAUGGGAGGCCGCUGUCACCUGUUAUUGAAAUUUAA